AUGGAAAAGGCGGUUGAAAACGAGGAAGGAGUGGAAGAAAUGAAACAGACCCCUCCGAAAAAAUGGGAGGAGGUCAUCAAGGCAAUUCGUGAGGAAUCGGCUCAAAACGCUCCAAAAACACAUUGCUUCGAGAUGCAAGAUGAAGGUGGAAGGGGGUGGACAGUCCAGAAGGACGCCCAGAAGAAUGAUACAAAGGGCGAACAUCAGUAA